AUGAAUGGGACAACAAUCUCAAAACUUGUCCUCCCAAAACAACAUACUCGCUGUUUCUCAACCUUAUACGACAUAGGAACAUGCAUUACCUCACUUCAAUCAUGUGCCCAUAACACAAACCUCUCCAAAGGCAAAGAACUCCACUCCCAUUUGCUCAAAAAUGGCUUCUUUUCAUCCCCACUUGCCAUCACCAGCCUCAUCAACAUGUACUCCAAGUGCACCCUCAUCGAUUACGCUCUUAAAGUCUUCAACUACCCUACCUAUCGUGACAAAAAUGUUUUUGCUUACAAUUCAAUCAUUGCUGGAUUCGUUUCAAACGGGCUUCCCAGAUAUGCGGUUGGCCUUUAUAAGCAAAUGCGCCAUCUGGGUAUUGUUGUUCCGGAUAAAUUCACGUUCCCGUGUGUGAUUAGAGCAUGUGGUGAUUCUACAGAGGUUUUGGAGGUUAAGAAGAUUCAUGGGUUGUUGUUUAAGCUUGGGUUGGAAUUGGAUGUUUUUGUUGGAAGUGCUUUGGUUAAUACUUAUUUGAAAUUUGGAUUGGUGGUGGAUGCACAUGAGGUGUUUGAGGAAUUGCCUGUUACAGAUGUUGUGCUUUGGAAUUCAAUGGUUAAUGGGUAUGCGCAGAUUGGAUACUUUGAAGAGGCCUUGUGGAUGUUUAGGAGGAUGGGGGAAAAUGGGGUGGUUCCUUGUAAAUAUACAGUUACUGGUGUUUUGUCUAUAUAUUCUGUUAUAGGAGAUUUUGAUAAUGGACGAGUUGUUCAUGGGUUUGUUACAAAAAUGGGUUAUGGCUCUAGUGUUGUUGUUUCGAAUGCACUGAUUGAUAUGUAUGGGAAAUGCAAAUGUGCUAGUGAUGCUUUGAGCGUGUUUGAGGUGAUGGAUGAGAAGGAUAUCUUUUCAUGGAACUCGAUCAUAUCAGUUCAUCAACGGUGUGGUGAUCAUUAUGAAACUUUGGGGCUUUUUGAUAGGAUGUUAGGCAAUAGGAUUCAGCCUGAUUUGGUUACAGUUACAGCAGUACUUCCAGCUUGCACUCAUCUAGCAGCGUUGAUGCAUGGUAGAGAGAUACAUGGAUAUAUGAUUGUAAAUGGGUUGGGGAAGGAAGGAGGAACCAACGAGUUUGAUGAUGUUCUAUUGAACAAUGCUUUGAUGGACAUGUAUGCAAAAUGCGGAAAUAUGAGAGAUGCUCGGAUGGUUUUUGAUAUCAUGACAGAGAAAGAUGUGGCCUCAUGGAACAUUAUGAUCACUGGUUAUGGAAUGCAUGGUUAUGGUGACGAGGCAUUAGAUAUAUUUUCUCGUAUGUGUCAAGCUGAAUUGGUACCAAAUGAAAUCAGUUUUGUUGGAUUGUUAUCUGCAUGCAGCCAUGCUGGCAUGGUGAAGGAAGGGCUUGAGUUUCUAGCUGUAAUGGAUUCAAAUUUCGGUGUAUCUCCAUCCAUUGAACACUACACCUGUGUGAUUGACAUGCUUUGUCGAGCAGGGAAACUCAUGGAGGCUUAUGAUUUAAUGCUAACAAUGCCCUUUAAGGCAGAUCCUGUAGGAUGGAGGGCUUUGCUAGCAGCAUGUCGCAUCCACAAGGAUACAGACUUGGCUGAGAUUGCAGCAAGUAAAGUGAUUGAAAUUGAGCCGGGUCAUUGUGGAAAUUAUGUGUUGAUGUCAAAUGUUUAUGGUGUGGUAGGUCGAUACGAAGAAGUAUCUGAGUUGAGACACACAAUGUGGCAACAAAAUGUGAAGAAGAGACCAGGUUGUAGCUGGAUUGAACUCAUGAAUGGUGUGCAUGUAUUUAUAACGGGUGACAGGACACAUCCCCAAACUGAUUUUAUCUAUGCUGGUUUAAAUUCGUUGACAACAGUUCUUCAAGAGCAUGGGUAUGUCCCGAUGGUCUAG